UCAACAACAGAGUCGGUCUGUGGGGCUAACGUUACUGUGGGGCAGAGCUCGAGUGUUGUUUUGAAUUUACGAUAAGACCCCGACUGGAAGGGGGGCCAAGGCCUGUGGAUAAGAUGGCGAAUGUAGGAGACGAUGAAACUCGGUCCGCGCUCCCUUCGGCAUCCCGUAACGGUCCGGUUGUCGGUUCGUCUGCGGGCACCGCGGGCCAGAACGCGGCUAGCGUUAUGGUAACGUCAGGUCCGCGGAUGGUGAGGAUCGUCAAGUCGGAGUCCGGCUAUGGUUUCAAUGUUCGCGGUCAAGUUAGCGAAGGAGGACAGCUUCGGAGCAUCAACGGGGAACUGUACGCUCCUCUUCAGCAUGUCAGCGCUGUUUUACCCGGAGGUGCGGCAGACCGAGCCGGGAUAGCAAAGGGUGACAGGAUCCUGGAAGUUAAUGGGGUGAGCGUGGAAGGUGCCACCCAUAAGCAGGUGGUGGACCUGAUCCGUGCAGGGGAGAAGGAGCUGGUUCUGGCUGUGCUGUCUGUUCCAGCUCAGGAGGCUGAUGGAUUGGAGGGAGGGGAAGAUGUCCAACCCAACUAUGAUUACAGUGACAAGCAGGCAGUGCCCAUUUCCAUUCCAACAUACAAACAUGUAGAGCAGCACUCGGAGAGGUUUGUGGUGUACAACGUGUACAUGUCAGGUAGACAGAUGUGCUCAAAGCGCUACCGGGAGUUUGCCAUCCUUCACCAGAACCUAAAGAGGGAGUUUUCCAACUUCAACUUCCCGAAGCUUCCCGGUAAAUGGCCCUUCUCCCUGUCUGAACAGCAGCUGGACGCUCGGCGUAGAGGCCUGGAGGAGUAUCUCGAGCGAGUUUGCUCUGUGCGGGUGAUUGGAGAGAGUGACAUCAUGCAGGAGUUUCUGUCUGAAUCAGAUGAGAACUACAAUGGAGUGACAGAUGUAGAACUGCGGAUAGCUCUGCCAGACAAGACCACCAUCUCUGUCAGAGUCCGCAAGAACAGCACCACAGACCAGGUGUACCAGGCAUUAGUGAUGAAGGUUGGAAUGGACAGUAUUAUGGCGAGCUACUUUGCCCUUUUUGAAGUCAUCAACCACUCGUUUGUGCGGAAGCUGGCGCCUAAUGAGUUUCCCCACAAGCUUUAUGUGCAGAAUUACACGUCGGCAGUGCCGGGGACUUGCUUGGCGCUCCGCAAAUGGUUGUUCAGCUUCCAGGAGGAGGAGUUGCUGAGAGACAACCCGCUGGCACUGCACUAUUGCUUUCACCAGGCAUUGGAAGAUGUGAAGAAGGGAUUCAUAAAAACAGAGGACAAAUCCUACCAGCUGCAGAAGCUGGCAGAGCAGCGCAAGAUGGCCACGUACCUGAGUUUGUUGCGAACAUGCGAGGGCUACAAUGAGGUGGUGUUCCCCCACUGCUCCUGUGACUCGAGGAGGAAGGGACAUGUCAUCACAGCUAUCAGCAUCCAUCACUUCAAGCUGCACGCUUGUACCGAGGACGGCACACUGGAGAACCAGGUGAUAGCUUUUGAGUGGGGGGAAAUGCAGCGUUGGGACACUGAUGAGGAGGGGAUGGCUUUCUGCUUUGAAUACGCCAGAGGAGAAAAGAAACCUCGCUGGGUCAAGAUCUUCACUCCAUAUUUUAACUACAUGCAUGAGUGCUUUGAGCGGGUCUUUUGUGAGCUGAAGUGGAGGAAACAGGUGGAGGAAGAAACAUCUGACAAAGACAACAAAAACUGCAGUAACAAUGAGUAUCUGCCUCCUCUGGAGACACAGCAGAAGGGAUGGCGCCACCUAGGGGGAGAGAUUGCAACUUCCUAAAAUCAUAUUUCAUCCCUCGAACUAGAACUGGUCCACUCGCAUCAUCACAGCCACCCCAGAGAGCGCCCAUCGACAAACACAGAACUGAGUGACAGACUGAGGCGAUCCAUGUCCCUGAAAACAAACGGGAAGUGACCGAAUUGGGAAACUGGAAUAGCCACACUUAACCGACCCCAGGGAUGCACACAGCAAGAAGAGCAAUGAAGGAAGAUAAACAAAAGCCAACUCUCAUGUCAUUUACUAGAUCUCCAUAGCGUGUCUGUUGUUUUCCUCCAUACAUCUGCCCUGUGAUGUGAGGCUGGACACAAGCAAAUUCUCGCCACUGGUUGAGAUGUGACACAUACAUUCAGUGUGUGACCGAUCAGGGUCAAUGCAGCGCCGCCGCAAAGGGGGCUUCUCAAUGAAUCGCCACUUGAUGAGGAGGCUGCAAGAGGGAUAGGAUUGUCCAACACUAUCUGCUCGACCCCAACCCUUCAGCGUGGCCCUCGUCUGCUGAGCUGAGCUGAGCUGAUAGAGAUGAAAUGGAAAGAUACAUAAUAAUGGGGUUUUCACUUCUUAACAGAAAGCAAAACCACACUUUAUACUGAUGAUAGACAUUAACACAAAAUGCUGUUUUCUAUCUGUAAGGUCAGAGGUAUUCUGUCUGUGUCAGAAAACGUAGGCGACACAAAUGUAACAACUGAAGAUGGAUAUGUUCAUAAUUGUGUAUGUUUAACAAUCUUCUGAUAAAAUAUAGAUUAAUAUAAGAGCUAUAAUAAUUUGUUUCUUGAUCUAAUACGACAAAACACUAACUGAAUUGCAUUCGAGCUGCUCUAACCAAACUCAAUUUUUCACCUUGUCCUCUGGUGUAACCCACACGACUUCAAAACGGCGUCUGUUGGCAGCCUGCCUAUAAUGUCUGUGUAUUUAUCCCCCUCACAAGUGUGUAUUGUGAUUUAGGAAGAUGCAUUCUCAUCUUCAGCUCUGUGCGAGGAUGAUCUCUUGAUCAAAAGGUUGACGGGCCAAAUGUUUUCAAAAUGGCAUGUGCUCUAACCGACAGAUUGUGACUAUAAAGACAGGACAAGUGUCGUCUGUCGAGCUGCAGCUUUUCGAACAGGCAGCAGAGGGCAGCAGAGUGUAAGACAGGUUUAUUUGCAGGCUUUGAGCAGGAAUAGAAAUCUUCUCAGAGCUUCUUAAAGAGUGAUCCCUCGGGCUCUGUAACUCACCCAAAAGUAUCACUCCUCUGCAGUUUGUCCAUUAACCACAUCAGGAGGACAGAUGGUGUGUGUAUGUGUGUGUUGCAGAGAGAGUAGAUGGUGCGUAAAGUUGUGUGACUGCAACUGCAGCCGUCAGCAUACAUGGCAAUGCAGGCAGCUGUCUGCCUCUUGCUCCGUCUAAACUGGUACAGUAUUAGUUAUGUGUGUACGCACAUGACAUAUGAUCACGUGACAGUUUUACAUUUUACACAGGUUUUUUGUGUUUAGAGCACACAGAGAUAAUUGUUUUUUCUUUUUUCUCUUUGUUGAUGCAAACAGUUUUGUCUCACUCUAAGUGUAUAGAAAGGUUUCCAUGCUGACGGAAAAUAUUUCUGAAUGGAGACAGCGUGCGCAAAUGUAUUGAUUCCACCUGAAUGCGACAGAGUGUUGCUUAUCCCACUAAUGGAUAGUAAUUUAUCUCGGCUGAUUCAUGACUGACUCAUUCUUGAGCUUCACUCGCUGUCUGGCAGUGACCAAAAACCUGAAACUGUGAGUGAUGUUGGUGGGGUUUUUUGUUCACACUGACUUUAGAGCACAAAUUCAAGUCCCACUUGAGUUAAAAGAUUUUUUUUUACAGUAGAGAAUAGCUUUGGGGUCAAUUAAAUGUUUAAUUCAUGCCUAGGUUUAGUCAUAAUUUGCUUUCAGUCAGUUACCUUGGAGCAUGCUUGCUUGCGUGUGUGUGUGUGUGUGUGUGUGUCCUCUAUGUUUAUCAUUGACAUUGCUGAUAAGCUUUUAGGCUCUGAUUGGAUGUGUCUGAUGAGCUGUCGGUGUGAGAGCCAGCAAAUGAAGAUGGGGUUUUGUAUCGGUACGACAGCAGAGACACCAGACAGAUGGAGACAAAUGGUAGGCGUCUCCUAUUGUCUAACACUCACAGCCGCUCGAAUGCUUUUUCAGUAUCAAACACACACACACACACACACACACACAUCCCUGUCUCCCUGCUACUCUGUCUCAACAGUUUAACAAAACUGUGUAACAUUACAAAAUAUUUCAUUUGUCAUGCAGUUGUUAUACAACAGCCUAUAGCAAUACAUACCUGUGUUUUGCACACACAUCAAAGGUAGCUGAAUUGUGAGAGAAACUGCAAUGUGCAGAUUGCUGGAUGGUCAUUUUGACAGCCAGAGUAAUAGCCAAUUUAGAGAUGGAUGACAUAAGAAUUGGAGCUGUUCAACCAUGAUGAUGUUUUUCUCUCUUUAUAAGAUGUAGAGGGAGAGGCAGAUAGAGGUGGUGUGACUGUGUGUGUUGGCCUCUCUGUCCUCCGCUCUUACUCUCUCCAGGUUGGUCUCCCAUCAUCACAGGGGGAUGUGGUUGCCGUGGCAGCACCACGUUGGCUCAACACGCUCAGUGCAGCCUCUGUUCCUUUUAUUCCUGUCAGCCAACUGACUCACUCCUCCCAAUAAUGUAUUCAAAGCAGUGUUUUGGGGUUUUUUUGUGUUUGAUGUUUGUUCUCUGUCCCCGUGGCUCAUGCUGCUGUGAAUAGGCUUUUAGAAAGCUGCUGUUUUUCUAUAUCUGUGUUUUGGUUCGUCUCGUCUGUGCCAGGUGCCAUCUUCCACUCGGUCACAGGCAGGUGCGCAUACUGUCAGUUGUCGUCCGUUUCUGCCAUCAGUUGAGAUAAAUGUCAUUGUAACAGUGUUUAGGUGAAAGCAGAGGGAUGACAGGAAUGUUGAGAAGCACAUCUAUCUAUGGUCGGCCUGUGUUUGUUCGUCAGUGUACGCUGUGCUGUGGGGCACCUGUGUUUGUGUGUGUGAUGCUGGCGACUUUGGCUUGUAAGUGAAUGAUUAUUUACAGAAAGAGGAUUAAAUUUCACGGCGGACUGAACAGAUAACAGAAUGUUGGCUGGUGCCGCAAACACGGUGGCAGUAGAAUAAAACAUGAACUUGUCUGUGUGUGGACUGCGUGUGAGGCUCAGAAAGUUUGUGUUCAUCACAAUCGCCCCUGAAGUGCUCAUCUGAAUGAUGCUGUUGCUAUAGUAACACAUCAGUGUUUGGAAGCUAAAUCAGCACUGAUUCAGGUCAUUCAGUGGCAGGGGCAAGAUCUUUUCUGUUUGUUCCAAUUCUACGGCAUUUCAGGCUCAGAGUCCAGUAUUCAAAGUGGCAUUUACGACACUGUUGGUUCAUACAGAGCUGCUACGUUUGUCUCAUCGUCAGCGUUUUUGUGUAGACUUGAUGUUCGUCAACCUCUGGAACACACACCCAGCACAGAGGGCACUAGCUGCUGGCUUUCCCAUUUCAGCUGAUGGUUCGUUCCUACCUUAACUAACAUGAGGGGUGGAUUUAAGUGCAGUUUUAAAAAAGUGUUAGCCUUUGUGUAAUUAAUUUCUGCUUUUCCAUAGGCAGUGACAUGAAUUAAAAGCCUAAGCCUUGUUUGUCUGUCUACAGCAUAACCUGUAAAUAGUUGUUUUAAAAAGAAAAGAGAAUAUCUCUUGGACAAAAUGCACUCUUGUUUCUCCAACUCAAAACUUUUAUUUAUUUAAGCAGAUAUUAUAAAGAUUGGGGGAAUGAAAGUGUACAAUGCUAGAGCCAGCGGUGAUCAUUGAUUUUGUGCGUGGGGAACGGCUGUACGGAGGAUUAGCUAACUACACAAUUAAACAAGCUGUUAAAAAGAGAAGCAGUGUCUAAAAACAUUAACACCUGAUACAGAACUAGGCUACAAAAUGGAGCGUUUUAUAUCUAAAAAGAAAAAAGAAAAAACAUGAAGGUUUACUAACCAAUAUAAGAAAAAGAAAAAAGGUUUGAAAAUGUUGUGUAGAGUAAUAAAUUGUAACAAUAUUUUAAAUAAAGUUAUAUAUUGGGAACAAAA